UUAUGUGUUCCAUCUCACUUGACUGUAAACUUUAAACGGUCCAAAAGUUUCGGCGAAACAUAUUCAACGAUCGAUAUUAUGCUAUGCCAUCCACUACUUUGACUCUAUAAUCUUCUUUAUAUACAUGAAUAUUAUUACAUUCCUUAAACUAUAGUGUAUCAUUAGUAUUUAUGUGAUGUGAUUUUUAUGGGUGUUACUACACAUUCAGCCAAAUCUUACCGUUUUUUCUCUGUUUGUACAAAUUCUAUCUCUCUUCCACUGGGUUUUUCGGUUCAGUGUUAUCAAGGGAUGUGCUUGCUGUUUUUGUGCCGUGUUCUUGUUAUUCAUGAAUCUUGAACCAUAAUUUCUUAGAGUAUAAUUCAGUGGGAUUCGUUUGUCACUGUCAAUUUCAUACGCAUCACAUUGAUCUUUUAGGGCUAUGUUUAACAUGUUCCUUGAUUUCAGAUAAAAUUCUCAUUAAUUAAGAAGAUUUAUCAGGAGAAUUAGUUGAGAUAAAAUAAAAAAUAAAAAACAUGUUUUUGGUAGAGAGCAAAGCAGCUGCAAUAGUGUGUAUGUUGGUGUCCCUUCUAUUUUUGGGAACAUGGCCAGCAAUUUUAACGCUUUUAGAAAGGAGGGGAAGGCUUCCUCAGCAUACUUAUCUUGAUUACUCCAUUACAAACUUUCUGGCAGCUGUUGCUAUUGCUCUCACAUUUGGCCAGAUUGGUGGUAGUACACCAAGUAUGCCCAAUUUCCUUACCCAGCUUACUCAGGAUACAUGGCCAUGUGUUCUGAUGGCUAUGCUUGGUGGAUUGUUCUUAAGCUUUGGUAAUGUUUCAAUACAAUAUGCCUGGGCAUUUGUUGGGCUGUCAGUCGCUCAAGUGGUCACAUCUAGCAUUGCUGUUGUAAUUGGCACAACAUUGAAUUACUUCUUGGACGACAAAAUAAACAAAGCAAGCCUUCUGUUCCCUGGGGUAGCAUGCUUUCUCACAGCUGUGUUGCUUGGGUCUUCUGUACACUCCUCUAAUGCUGCUGAUAAUGUGGCUAAGCUUCGAAGCUUCCAUGAUAACCUAAAAGAUUCGGAAAAAGUGCCCGAGAGUUUAGCUGAUGAAGCAGCACCGUCUGCAAAAGAUAUCAUGGAGAACGUGGAUGUUGAAAAUGUCUGUGCAGAGCAAGCUAAAAAGGCUGGAACAGCUGAUUUUAUUAUCGCUGUUGAAAACCAAAGAGCUAUUAAGGUGGUUGGCGAAAGCAAAUUGGUCGGCAUGAGCAUAACACUUUUUGCUGGCAUAUGUUUUGCUCUCUUCUCACCAGCAUUCAACCUCGCAACAAAUGAUCAAUGGCACUUUUUGAAGGGGGGGGUUCCUCAUUUGGUCAUCUAUACUGCAUUCUUUUACUUCUCACUGGCCUUUGUUGUGAUGGCGGUCUUUUUAAAUGUCAUCUUCUUGUACUAUCCUCUCUUAAACUUGCCUAAAUCAUCUAUUAAGCAAUACCUUAGAGAUGGAAAUGGGAGAGGAUGGGCUGUAGCGGCUGGGUUGUUGUGUGGCUUUGGGAAUGGUCUUCAGUUCAUUGGGGGCCAGGCUGCUGGCUAUGCAGCUGCCGAUGCAGUUCAGGCACUUCCAUUAGUGAGCACCUUCUGGGGCAUACUCUUCUUUGGCGAGUACAGGAGGUCAUCCAAAAGGACUUAUUUGCUACUUGUGAGCAUGCUUGUCAUGUUCAGCGUGGCUGUGGGAUUGCUUCUUGCCUCAGCUGGUCAACGAAAAACAACAGCUGGAGAAGGUGCAAAGAUCAAUCGUAUACAACACCAAAAUAGACAACCGGUGGAAAAAUACAACCAUGGCACUUUUGACUUCUAGAUGGCUACCGGUCUAGCUGUUCCUCUUGGUUCCAACUGCUGCUUGGUAGUUGUGUAAGCAUUUACAAAUAAGGGGGUUGCACUCUGAGUGUGUCAAGUGUAGGUCAGAUUCUACUUGUAAUUAUUUAUUCAAGAGCACAUUAUGCAUGUCUAGGAAUGAUGGAGGCAAUGGGGUUUUUAAGUAAUAAUCAACUGAUCGAUUGUCUGAUUAAAAAUAAGAGUGAGCUAGACAAUAUGGAUGCUUGAAUCUGUAAUUUGGUGGCAGAGGCUUUUAGGUUUGAAAGCCUGAUUCUAAAAUCUGGAAGUUGAGUGCAUCAUUCAUUGGUAAGAAUUAUGGACUAUGGUUCAAAAGGUUGGUAAUGCCCAAUUGCCCAUCCUGCCACACUCCCACCCCAACCCCCAUCUUACCUUAAAAAAAGCCUAAACGUGGGGUGCUCGUUAUAAUUGUUUCUUUAAAUGGUAUCUGUUGAGUCAGAUCAGCUAGCCUUCUGGUUCUGUCUUUUGGAAGAAUGCUACGGUUGCUGAGAGGGAUGCUGAAUCCUACUGUGCCGUAGCUUGUGGUGUUGUUCGAGCAUAUAGGGCAUCAUGAGAACUUAUUGUAACAAGGCUUAUAAAGAACAGUAUGCAUAUUAUAAUAUGUCAACUAUCAUUAAAAGCCACAUUUAAGAUUUUAGAA